UUUUCUUCCACUGUAGAUGAAUAUUUUAAGCAUAACCAUGCGUCGUGGCAAUUUCCCUUUAGAGCAUAUUAAAUAUUUAUUUUUAAAUUCAAAAUUAUAAAUUCGAUUUCAAAAUGACCAUUUUGAUAGUAAUUAUAUUCAAUAUCCUUGUGCAAGUAAAUGGGAGAAAUAAAUAUAUAAAUUACUCCCUCAUAAAAAUCACGCCAUACGACCACCAUCAGCUCAAAACUUUGAAGAAGCUAACUAAUUUGGAUAACGUGGACAUAUUCAAAUACAGCCAUGGUAUAAACGACACGACUGAUUUGUUGGUCCCCUUGAAGUAUCGAAAAUAUGUUGAAAAAUUCGCCAAGUCGAGAGGAAUGGGUGUUAAACAUGUUGAUCAUUAUGGCAGAAAUUUCGGAUAUCAAGUAGCAAUGUUAAGCAAAAAUGAUAAAUUUAAAAACUUCAAAUAUAAUUCCUACGCAGCUAUAUCACACCACUUAAAACAACUUUUAAAAUCUAGUGACUAUGUGAAACUACAGAAUAUUGGAAAGAGUUAUGAAGGCCGAGUCAUGGUUCUGAUGAAGAUUUCAUCUAACCACGCGGCCGGGAACCCAAUAAUAUUUCUAAAUUCAGGUGUUCACGCACGAGAGUGGGCAGGGCCGGCGUUUGCGAUGUACAUAGCAGAUCAGCUGGUCAAAGCGCUACAGGAGGGACAGAAACCUAAGGAGGUUAAGGGCUUAGACUGGUACAUACUGCCCGUGGCCAACCCUGAUGGGUAUGAGUUCUCGAGAUCCAAACCUAAUAACCGUCUCUGGAGAAAAACAAGAUCGAAAACGUUUAACAAGACCUGUUUCGGUGCAGAUAUGAACCGAAACUUCGGCUACAAGUGGGGUGUCAGCGGCGCUUCCUUCGACCCGUGCGAUUACGAAACAUACGCCGGCGAAAAGGCAUUUUCCGAGAUCGAAACCCGAUUAAUACGUAAAGUAAUGAAGGAAUACGAGAAACGAAUAAAACUGUUUAUAGAUAUACAUUCUUACGAGUAUUUCGUUUAUCCAUGGGGUUAUACGAAAAAACAUAGCCCUAUGUCGAAGAAAUUUCGUAGUCUCGCCAAACUUUAUUCUAAGGCUGUAGUGAAGGCUGGUGGGCAGCCGUUCAAGGUCAUGAGCAGUGGCCAAUGGUACGAGAGUUCCGGAAGCAGCGAUGACUAUGCUUAUGGCGUCCGAAAAAUUCCAUAUGCGUAUACUUUGGAGAUUACCAAAGGGUACGAAUUUACGUAUCCAGAGGAUCUUUUGCACACUGUCCUGCCGAUUUAUUAUGCGGGUUUGAAAGCUAUAGCUCGAAAGAUUAGAAAGGAAUUCGUCCAUAAUGGCUAAACGAUAACUGUCUGAUUGGAAAUCAGAUUCCCUUUGGGAGCGUAGGUUCGAAUCCUACCGACUGCGCCAUGUAAAGUAUUAGGGAACACACAAUGAAACCACCUCAGCUGAUUAGACUGAUUUAUUAUUUUCGCUUGCAUGCCGUUACCGCCUACCCUACAUACAAAUCUACCCACAUAGUAAUAUGUGACAAUAGAUAAUUACAGAGCCCUGCAGGGUCUCAAAACUGACCAAAUAUAAAGAAAGAUACCUAUGAAAGAAAUAUAAAAUAAAUAAUCAAGUAUACCUACUGAUUGUUGUAACACCUUUUUUGCAUCUUUUGUAAAACGACCAGAAAUACUUAUAGAAAAAAAAAUUUGCAUACAUUACUUUUGUUUCAUUUAUUAUCACAGUAAGGCCUGAUUUACGACGUGCGAAUUCGCAUGCGAUUUUAGUUACAUUGCGGCCUUUUGAGGUUACAUACAAUUUU